AUUGUUGGGCUACAAAGUGGUGGGGUAUAUCGAAAUAUAUAACCUAGAAAUAAAGCUUCUCAUAUUUCCAGUGAUAAAUCGUGGUAGUGUUCAAAGCAACUGUAAAUCAAUGGCGACAUCCCUGAGCACACCAAAGCUCAGCACGACUCUGUCUUCUUCAACCCUUCAAACCCUCCUAUAUAGACACAAAUUCUCAACCCUGAAUCGUUCUCCUUUCAUUAUUUGUCCGCAAUCAUCAUCAUCGUCCUGCUAUUCAUCUAGUUUCAAUCUCUCGAAAAAGGCCCUAAGUUUUCUCUCUGACCAUCGGGGGAAUGCCAUACUCAAGUCUCGUCGAUUCGCCACCAGAGCGGAGUCGACUAACGGCGCCGAGCCACGUCACUAUGACUUCGACUUGUUUACUAUAGGCGCCGGGAGUGGUGGCGUUAGGGCUUCUCGUUUUGCUGCGAAUUUUGGUGCUUCAGUUGCUGUUUGCGAGCUUCCGUUUGCUACCAUAUCUUCCGAUACCACUGGAGGGGUAGGCGGAACGUGUGUGCUUCGUGGAUGUGUACCAAAGAAAUUGCUUGUGUAUGCAUCUAAAUAUUCACAUGAAUUUGAGGAGAGCCUUGGUUUUGGAUGGUCAUAUGGCUCUGAACCUACACAUGAUUGGAGCACCUUAAUGGCUAAUAAGAAUGCUGAAUUGCAGCGUCUUACUGGUAUCUACAAGAACAUUCUAAACAACGCGGGUGUCAAACUGAUUGAAGGACGUGGAAAGAUUGUGGAUCCACACACGGUGGAUGUUGAUGGGAAACUCUACACUGCAAGAAACAUUUUAGUUUCAGUUGGAGGUCGCCCAUUCAUUCCAGAUAUUCCUGGAAGAGAAUAUGUGAUAGAUUCAGAUGCUGCUCUUGAUUUGCCUUCAAAGCCUACAAAAAUUGCAAUUGUUGGUGGUGGUUACAUUGCCCUUGAGUUUGCUGGCAUCUUCAAUGGAUUACAAAGUGAGGUGCAUGUGUUUAUUCGUCAAAAGCAGGUUUUACGUGGGUUUGAUGAGGAGAUCAGAGACUUUCUUGCAGAGCAGAUGUCGUUAAAGGGAAUUGAGUUCCACACAGAAGAAUCGCCACAGGCUGUGAUGAAAGCUGCAGAUGAAACAUUUUCUUUGAAGACAAAUAAAGGAACAACUGAGGGCUUCUCACAUGUGAUGUUUGCCACAGGGCGCAAACCUAACACAAGGAAUUUGGGAUUGGAGUCGGUGGGUGUGAAACUGGACAAGAAUGGAGCAAUAGAGGUGGAUGAAUACUCUCGCACAUCAGUUCCAUCGAUUUGGGCAGUUGGAGACGUUACGGAUAGAAUGAAUCUGACUCCGGUUGCUUUAAUGGAAGGAGGGGCGUUAGCCAAAACCCUUUUUGCAGAUGAGCCUACAAAACCUGAUUUUAGGGCUGUUCCAUCUGCAGUCUUCUCCCAGCCACCAAUCGGCCAAGUUGGUCUUAGUGAGCUACAGGCAAUAGAAGCAUAUGGUGAUAUCGAUGUGUAUACAGCAAAUUUCAGGCCCUUAAAAGCUACUCUAUCCGGCCUCCCCGAUAGAGUCUUUAUGAAACUUAUAGUCUCUGCCAACACCGACCAAGUCAUCGGCUUACACAUGUGCGGUGAAGAUUCAGCAGAAGUUGUUCAGGGAUUUGCUGUUGCUAUCAAAGCUGGGUUGACCAAGGCACAGUUUGAUGCGACAGUGGGUGUUCACCCCACAUCCGCAGAAGAAUUCGUCACCAUGAGGACACCUACUAGGAAAAUUCGCACCCCUCCACCUGCAGGUAAGACGGAUUCCGAGUCUAAAGCUGCAGCAGGAGUUUAGUCAACUCAUUGCAUCAUCAACUUCUAUCCUACAAGCAAGCAAGCAAGCAAGCGAGAGCCUACUUAUAAGCGAGAGCUAAGAUGAUGAUGAUGUUUUUUUUUUUUAAAUUUUGUUGGUGACAUGAAGAAAGAAUUCAUCACGAAAGGAUAGUCCUACUCCCAGAUAUGUUGAUCAAAGAAGCGUUCAUCAUUCCCAAUGCUUUUACUACUGUUAGCAUCUCCAUGUUUGACUCAAAUGGUACAUAUAUCCAUGUUUGUAUGUAUUUAUCACAAUUCUUGCUUCACUUGUCUUCUUUGUAUCUGAUUGCCGCCAAAUAAAGUAUGUAACUUUUGCUGGGGAACC